AUGUCCACUACUCCGGACCCCUCAGCCGUGGCGUCGGCGCAUUCAUUCAACAAGAUUUUGAACCAGUACAAAACAGCCACCAAAGCGCGAUCCGCGGCGGACAUGGAGGAGUCGACCAAGAAACUUCGGCGAUUAAUCCUGGUGGACGGGAUUCCUUCCGCAGUGGACCCUUCCUUGCGUCCGAGGAUAUGGAAGGUCCUGCUUCGCGUCCGUGAGAUCUCCGCGCCCGCCUUUCUGGAGUAUGUUGGCCGGGGUCCUUGCGAAGUCCGGGAAAAGAUCAGGAAUGACACGUUCCGGACUCUUGCGACGGAUAAGGGGUUCAAGGAGAGAGUCAGUGAAGACAUGCUUGUGCGUUUGUUGGAUGCAUUCGUUUGGCGGAAUCACGACCGACAUGAGAACGUCCAACUCGGUUUCUCAUAUGUGCAAGGAAUGAACGUGCUGGCCGCGCCUUUCCUCUACACUAUGCCCUCAGAACUCGAAGCCUUCUACUCCUUCGCGAAGUUCAUCGAAGAGUCAUGUCCAUUAUACGUUCAACCUACGCUCGAAGGCGUUCAUCGUGGUCUUAAGCUUCUUGACCGCUGUCUGAAAGUUGUUGAUGCCGACUUAUACGCACAUCUGCGCUCAAAAAACCUUUCGGCGGAGAUUUACGCAUUUCCAUCGGUCCUCACGCUCUGCGCAUGCACACCUCCACUCGAUCAAGUUCUGCAACUCUGGGACUUCCUGCUCGCAUUUGGCGUCCACUUAAAUGUGCUCUGUGUGAUUGCGCAGCUGCUUCUCAUGCGGGACGAAGUAAUGAACUCGUCUAGUCCUAUGCGCCUCCUUCGCACGUUUCCUCCACUAGAGGCUCUUCCAGUCAUCGGUAUUGCUGUUACACUGGUUCGCGAUCUGCCUACGGACCUCUACGAAGAGUUGGUGAAGCACCCAUACGCCGUCCACGAUUGA